GCCAAGCAUGAGUAUGAGUCUCUAAAAAAGGAACUCAGUCGUAUCAGUCGUAGAGAAAGCAUUUCCAAGGCUGAAGAAGGCAAAGCAAAUAGCGACGAAUUCAAUCUCGACGAAUAUUUGAACGGUAUUUCACGCGAGCAGGAAGCCAACGGUGUGAAAAGAAAACAUCUCGGUGUUUCUUGGAAGAACUUGCACGUUGAAGGUAUAGGUGCUGAUGCCUUUACCAUUCCAACUCUGGUGUCAGAAGUUCUCAAAAUUUGCAUGUUUUGGAAGUUCUUCAUAAAGCCUAAGACAAGUACAAAGGUUAUUAUUGAUAAUCUUACCGGUUGUGUCAAGGAAGGUGAAAUGUUACUUGUCCUUGGUAGACCCGGUGCAGGCUGUACAACUUUCCUUAAAAUUAUUGCUAAUAUGCGUGCCGCAUAUAAACAUGUUGGUGGCGAAGUCAGCUAUGGUGGAAUUGACCCGAAAGAGUUUGCAUCUCAAUACCGCGGUCAAGUUUGCUACAAUGAAGAAGAAGAUCAACACUAUCCAACUCUAACAACCAAACAAACACUGCAAUUCGCUCUUCGCACCAAAACCCCUGGUAAACGUUUGCCAGAGGAAUCGCAAAAAGAAUUCGUCAACCGUGUCAUUUAUAUGCUGGGAAAUAUGCUUGGUCUUACCAGACAAAUGAACACAAUGGUUGGUAACGCUUUUGUCCGUGGUCUCUCCGGUGGUGAACGUAAGCGUCUCUCUAUUGCUGAACAAAUGACUACCAGUAGUUCUAUCAACUGCUGGGACUGCUCUACUCGUGGUCUUGAUGCGGCUUCAGCCCUGGAUUAUGUUCGUUCCCUACGUGUUAUGACAGAUAUUCUCAAUAUUACAACCAUUGCAACUCUUUAUCAAGCAUCGAAUGCUGUCUUUGAUCUCUUCGAUAAAGUUCUUGUCCUCGAUGAAGGCCACUGUAUCUACUAUGGUCCUACUAGUGGUGCUAAGCAAUAUUUUGACGACUUGGGUUUCUAUUGUCCUUCCAGAAAAUCAACUCCAGACUUCUUAACCGGUCUUUGUAAUCCCCUUGAACGAGAAUUUAAGGCUGGCUGCGAAGACUCAGCUCCUAAACAUCCCAGCGAAUUUCAAGCAAGAUAUUUUGAAUCCGAUCUAUACAAAUCAAUGCUCCAAGACUUUGAGGAUUACCAAGCAUCAGUUAGUCAAGGAAAUAAAGCCAGUCAAUUUGCUGAUGCUGUCCAUCAAGAGCAUCAGAAGCGCGCACCAAAGAGCUCUCCUUACAUUGCUUCCUUUUAUCAACAAGUCAAAGCUCUUACCAUUCGUCAACAUCAUUUACAAAUUAAAGAUACUCAAGCUAUCAUUUCGCGUUACGGUACUAUUAUCAUGCAAGCUUUAAUUAUGGCUUCUUGCUUUUUCAGGCUUCCACUCACUGGUUCCGGUGCCUUUUCUCGUGGUGGUGCUCUUUUCUUCUCUGUACUCUUCAAUUCAUUGAUUUCUCAAUCUGAACUUGUUUCUUUCUUAACUGGUCGCCCCAUUUUAGAAAAGCACAAGCAAUAUGCUUUAUAUAGACCGUCUGCUUUUUACAUUGCACAGGUUAUCAUGGAUAUUCCAUAUGCUUUUGUUCAAGUCCUUGUAUUCGAACUCUGUGCUUACUUCAUGAUGGAUCUAUCCCUAGAUGCUGGCAAAUGGUUUACAUUCUUCGUUACUCUGUUCUUCAUGAAUUUGUGCAUGAAUGGCUUCUUCCGUGUAUGGGGUGCUCUCACUAACAACUUCUUCUUAGCUACUGUUAUAACGGGUAUUAUUUUUAUUGCCACCACUACUUAUGUAGGAUACACUAUCCCGUUCAGCAAAAUGCAUCCUUGGCUAUUCUGGAUUUACUAUAUGAAUCCUUUCACCUACUGUUUUAAGGCAUUGAUCUCUAACGAAUUGCGAGGUCAGAAGUAUUCUUGUGAAGGACCUGGUAAUUCUGUUCCUUUUGGCCCUGGUUAUGACGAUUGGAACCACAAAGUAUGUACUAUGGCAGGCGGUAAACAUGGUGAAAACUUCAUCUUAGGAGAUAAUUAUCUAUAUGAAUACUUUGAUUUCAAGACAUCACAAGUAUGGGCACCUGAUUUUAUCGUAGUCGUCGCUUUCUUCCUCUUCUUCACCUUCUGUACUGCUUUGGCCAUGGAAAUCCUUGGAGACAACAAAUCUUCUACACUCACUAAGCUGUUCCUACCUGGUAAAGCUCCUAAGCCUCGUACUGAUGAAGAAGAAGACGAACGUCGCUUAAAACAACAGAAGGUUACUGAAGCUAUGGAUAAUGUCUCUACUGGUACCACUUUCUCUUGGCACAACAUCCAUUACACCGUACCUUUCAAAGGUGGUCCCCUUCACCUGCUUAACGGUAUCAGUGGUGUUGUUAGACCUGGUCAUUUGACUGCAUUGAUGGGUUCAUCUGGUGCCGGUAAAACUACUCUUCUUGAUGUGCUGGCUCGUCGUAAAACAAUCGGUAAAGUUGAAGGCGGCGUUUAUCUGAAUGGCGAGGCUCUUAUGAACGAUUUUGAGCGUAUUACCGGCUAUUGUGAACAAAUGGAUAUCCAUCAACCACUUGUUACUGUUCGUGAAGCCCUUCGAUUCUCUGCUUACCUUCGUCAACCUGCUGAUGUGCCUAAGGAAGAAAAGGAUGAAUAUGUUGAACAAAUUAUUAUGCUUCUUGAAAUGGAUGAUAUUGCUGAUGCUCAGAUUGGUGAUGUUGGCAGCGGCUUUGGUAUUUCUGUUGAAGAACGUAAGCGUCUCACCAUUGGUAUGGAACUGGUCGGUAAACCCCAGCUUCUUUUCUUGGAUGAGCCUACUUCUGGUCUUGAUGCUCAAAGUUCCUUCAAUAUCAUUCGUUUCAUUCGUAAACUUGCUGAUGCCGGCUGGCCGGUGCUUUGUACCAUUCAUCAACCUUCUGCUAUUUUAUUUGAAUAUUUCGAUCAUCUUCUCUUAUUAGUCAGAGGCGGUCGCACAGCCUAUUUUGGUGAAAUCGGCAAGGACUCUCAAACAAUGAUUAGCUACUUUGAGUCUCACGGUGGUCCCGCUUGUUCUCCCGACGCUAACCCCGCUGAAUACAUUCUUGAAGUUGUCGGUGCAGGUACUGCUGGUAAAGCCACUAAGGAUUGGGCCGAAGUCUGGGCCGAAUCCGAGGAAGCAAAGGCACUUCAAGCUGAACUCGAUGAAAUUGAAAAUACUGCUGACAAAAACCCAACACGUAAAGCUUUGACCUAUGCUACUCCUCUGACAACACAGUUCUGGCUUGUUCAUAAACGUAUGGCUCUCGCAUACUAUCGUUCGAUUGAUUACAACAUUGGCCGUUUCUGUCAUAUUACGCUUACCGGUAUAAUUGCUGGUUUCACUUAUUGGAAGCUCGGAAAUUCGUCAUCCGAUAUGAUUAAUAAGGAAUUCGCUCUUUUCAGUAGUUUCCUUAUGGCAUUGACUGUUAUUAUUCUGGCUCAACCUAAGUAUAUGACUGAAAGACUGUACUUCCGUCGUGAAUACGCUUCUCGUUACUACAGUUGGAUCCCCUUCGGUAUAUCAGCGAUCCUUGUCGAAAUACCUUACAUUAUCUUCUAUGCAUUCUGUUACAUGGCCGGUUUCUAUUGGACAGCCGGUAUGUCCAUGACAUCGCAGGCGACUGGUUACUUCUUCAUCACAUUUGUUGUCUUAGUAUUCUGGGCUGCCACUCUUGGUUUCUGUAUUGCUGCUUUUGCUGAACUUCCCACUAUGGCCGCUGUCAUCAACCCUCUGUUCAUUUCUAUUCUCAUUCUAUUCUCCGGCUUGAUGCAACCUCCCUCUUCUAUGCCACAUUUCUGGAGCUCCUGGAUGUAUUGGUUGGAUCCUUUCCACUAUUAUAUUGAAGGUUUGACCGUUAAUGAACUCGAGCAUCUUGUUGUUGAAUGUAAUGAAUCCGACCUGCUUAAAUUCCCCCCUCCUGCCGGGCAGACUUGUGGAGAGUAUAUGGCUAACUUCUUUGAAGCGGGCAAUACAGGUUAUAUUACCAACCCUGAUGCUAUGCAGCCUGAACUCUGUGGUUAUUGUAGUUACAAAUCUGGCCCAGAAUAUUACGAGACAAGAAACCAAUGGAGCGCAUCCCAUAAGUGGCGUAACUUUGGUAUUCUCGUUGCAUUCUUUGUAUUCAACGUUUUUGUCUUCCUCUUGCUUGUAUUUUUGAAGAGAAAGGGCAGACGCUAA